GCAGCAGCUCCUAGUGAAUAGUGCUGUUCUAAAAUUGAAACAAUAUUAAAAACAGUCAUUUAUUUACAUUCCAUUUGAUAAUCAUUCUAAUAACCGAUUGCUUUAGGCUUUUAUUUUACAUUGUGUUCUGUCUGAAACGGAAGUAAUGGAAUUGGUGUCAUUCGUCAAGGAAUUGCUUCACGAAGCCGCAGAGGUCGCUGCUAGUUAUCGAGUGGGUCAAUCGGCCCUCAGACACGUGGAUAAAGCCCUUUGGACAGUCGAGAAGUCGGCGAGAUGGGCUGUGCCACCACCGCUGGAGCAGGACGAGAGACAGCCUGAGUUAAUACGUCCUCUACCCUGGGUGUUCUUCCUGAUGUUGCUGGUAGCCCUUCGAGUCAUCAGAGAGUCCAUUUCUCUCAUUAAUUUGGCCCUUGGGAAGCCGCCGCUACGAUCUGCCGACGUGGUGAUAUUCAUACAAGGAAAGCGUCGCUACUUGCGCACGUUGAAGUACCAAGGCAGCCGCAUGAUGCGCGCGCGCAGCGAGCCUAAGUCUUGGCGAAGUGGGAUUUACUCUCUGUUCGAGUUUACGAUGUGCUUCAGGAACUCUCACUGCCCCAACGACAACUCGCAGAGCAGUGGAGACGAGCUGGUGAUGGUGUCCAGGAACGAGCCCAGCAUGGAGAGACUCUUGGAGAAGAUGGUGCAGGUCGAAGCCGACACCGACGACUCCGGCGAACCGACGCGUCAAUCGAUGCGGCUCGCGAAUGCGAGGAGCGACGCGGAGACAACGGAGGCCGCCCUCGAGUCGUUCGAGGACUCCCGGGAAGAGAUCGUCACCUCCACUCCGGAGAAGAGAGACUCCGCUCCGGGUGCCGGAGACGUGUCCGCAAUUGACGACGCUCGGCUCGAAGCCGUCCUCGACCUCGUUCGACGCGAGCGGAACGACCCGAACCCCGCCUCCAAGAUAGUGAAUAUUAAACAUUUCAGCGAACGGCAGAUCCGCGCCCUCGUCGCCCUCCCGAGAGAGGAUCGCAGGAGGUGAACCAAUCUAUUGACGGACGGCGACUCCGGACCGUCGGACCGACGAUUCACCGAACGAGCCUCGUCGCGUCGGUCGUAAGCUGCGCUCGACAUUGGGCCGUUCUCGAAUCGCGUCUGCGGCUUCUCGACUUCCGUCGGUGCAGCGCCGCGUUCGCCUCCUUAGUUUAGCCCCUUUCGUUCAUCGGCAUCGGAAUCUCCUCGUUGUUUUGUCUUUGAAUUGUUUAUUUACUCGUAUUGCCUUUUACGAAACAAAUAUUUACGGCUAGUUAGGGUCAGAUCGUAUUAUUUGUUUGGAUCGAAAUGUCGCGCCGUCCCAUUUCAGUGUAUGGAAUGUAUAUUGUAGAAGUCUAUCGAAGGUCCCGUUGGACGUCGGAAUAACGAAAGAAAAAAAAAACGUUUUCGGAAGGGUUUCAUACUGUUACGCGAUUGUCUUCGAUCGCCCGAUGCCUGUGCUUCGUUAACGUGGACGUGGUUAAUGUGGACGGCGGUCGUUGUGCUAUAGAACCGGGCCUCCGGAAUGGAGACGAGGGUGUGAGACAACGCGGAGGGAUGGAGCGUCUCCGACGUCGCUUUUCUAAAAGUUUUUUUUAUAAAUUUAGCGUAGUAUUCAUUGGAAGUGUUUAUAUUUAUUCUGACUUUUCUAAUUCAGAAAAGUUAGUUGAAAUUCUUCCAAAAAUACCUAAACGACCCGUUUACUUGAGAUUUCUCUCCCUUAUUCUGCAUUUUCUGUUAUUUUAUGGCUUUAAUAAAUAAUGAGAGCGCUCCGAAGCAGCUUCUUUAGUAUUAAGGCAUAGCAUGUUAUGAGUCGUAUAUCUCCAUUGAUAAUUAAUUGUUCCUCUUCCCUCCAUUAUUUAUUAUGAAGAAACGGCUUUCUCUCGCGAAUCCCAAAGCUUUGGCUGUGUCCACUCGAUAAGACUGAAGAGAAAUUAAAUUGAGCCUUUACUUCUCGAUAUUUAAUUAUGAUUAUAAUAUUUAACGCUAA